AUUAAUAAUAAAUAAUUUAUUAUAUAUAGACCUAUCUAUAUCUCUCCAACCCACCACCUUGCCUUUGUAAUCCAGUUCAAUAGUUUAAUCACACGAAAACCAGUUUGGUGGUCGCUCUUGGUUCUUUCGCUCACCGCCACCUUCUCAGCGAGGUUCGUCUCGAGACAUUAUGGUGAGCAUCCGUAGACAAAGACUCAUCAAACUCUAUGGGAGAAGCCCUUUUCUUGAUGGUCUUUCGUCAUAUAACAAUGGGCAAUAUACCGGAAGUUGGGUGCAAAACGCAAGAUUUGGCAUGCAUCCUUCACCUUCAACUGAUGUUGAACAGCCUAAUGAGGAAAAUACAAAAUCUGAAGAACCCGAACCCUCAACUGUCAAUGAAUCCAGCUCAUCGAAUAAGCAGCCUGUUCCGCAUCCAGAGUUCAAGAGACGAAAAAGGCAUAGAAGAAAGAUAAUCGAGAACCAAGAAGCGUGUAUAAUGAGAGGUGUGUAUUUCAAAAACAUGAAAUGGCAAGCUGCCAUUAAAGUUGACAAGAAACAAAUCCAUCUGGGCACAGUCAGCUCCCAAGAAGAAGCUGCUCGCUUGUAUGACAGGGCUGCUUUCAUGUGUGGAAGGGAGCCAAACUUUGAGCUUACUGUUAAAGAAAAGGAUGAACUCAGUAAACUAAGUUGGGAUGACUUUUUAGCCAUGACCCGCUCUGCAAUUAACAACAAAAUAAAAUUUUCGGUUAGGAAUCUACAGCGUCAGAUGGUACACCUACGCAUGAAAGACAAGCAUUAUGACACUACAAUUUCUUCUUUCAAGUUUACGAUAAAUAUCUGGCAAAUUGGUGAUAUUUGUCAUGUUCUUCGAAAACCAGAGGAGGGUGACUUCAAGAAUGAAGUUUGAACAUCAGCAACAGAACAGUGAGUCAGAAGCUGAAGCAGAUCAAGAGAGAAAUGGCUUGUCAGCUUCUGAUGAUGCGGAUACAUCACUAGCUUGACGCUUUAUUUAUUCUUCAACUUUAUAUCCUAUUUUAUUGAUGAAUUAUAAAUUAUAAUGUGCCACGUUGAUUUUUUUUUUUGUCAGUCGAUGAGACGUUAAAAUCCUGAACACCGUUCAUUGAUUUGUGUAUA